CUGGUUUAGUGUUUAGUCGCUCUCGGUGUGUGCAGCACACAUAAACAAAGUUUCCGGUGAGACUGAAAGUGUCGUAAAAUUCGCUAGAAGUUGGUGGAUUAUUGUGAUUAAACUCGAACAGGUAUCGUGAUGAAUACUCACCAUUAUCGCAGUUAUCGAUAAACGAUGCGAUCGAUAGAUGCUGCUAGUGUUACGCGCUUGCAAAAGGGUCAAUCUAGGUCACAGGUUGCUGAGGAUCGCGAUAAAGCCAUGAUUGACGUAGAAUCGGUCGCAACGAUCAGCUAGUGCGAUAUCAAUCAAACGGAAAUGUCAAACUUUUAUCGCAAUUGUGUGUGAUUUUCCCGUGAAGGUGUUUUUCCUUGGCUCUGUUUUGAACUGGCGGUUCGCUCUCUCGCUCCACUGGCUUCACUGGCGGCUGCUGGUGUGGGUGAGCGUUUAUAGCAAAACUCAACAGUGUUGGUGGUGUGUAUGGGGUUGUGACACAGUGGAAAAAAGUGUCGCAAUAUAUAUACUAUAUAACGUUACAACGGCAUUACUUCGCACGUGCAACCACCCGCCGACAACCUGUCAAACAAAAGUUUAUUUGCGAAGCGAUAUUUUUUGUUUUUGCUGGUUCUUUGUUCCGAUGCGACUACAGUGUAAUUUUAUUCAUGUUUGUAAUAAAUAUUGAAGUUGAAAUAUUUUUCCGCCGAUAAAAGCGAGAAGAUUGUGAACAAAGUUGUUACUCAACAGAAAACGAUAAAAAAACGUCCGAUAGACGUUGUGCUGCAGCCAGCGGUUGGUGGAAAGCGCAAAUACAAAAUCAGCAUUUCCAUCGCAAUCUAACCGUUUGGAUCUUCGUCCUGGUGUCCCUCGCUCUCUCUCUGUCGUGUAUAUACCUACAACUUGUGUGCGACGCGAUUUUAACUUCAAUAACAACCACAGAAAAAGUGUCGGAAACGCAGUCGUAGCCGCGAGAAACAAGCAAGCAUUCAAUAAAUAAAAAUACACAUUUUAUGCGAUUCCGCCGUAUCUUGCUCAAAUGACUCUUAAACGCGCCAAGAACCAGCGAGCUGACUGCUGCCGGCAAAGUGUUGACCGCAAUCAUCGACAUAUUCGACGGUACCGACGCAAAGAAUCAUCAUAAAAACAUAAACGUCAAAAUAAAACAACUGCGGCGGUGCCACCACGCGAUUUCGAGCACUCCGCGUGUGGUCCUAGCAGAUUCUGGCCGGACGAUUUCGUUGCCAAUCGGUGCUCCGGCCGUGAGCAGGUACCGGAACGGCCUGUUAUCAUCGCGGUGACAUCCUUUUCUCGUGGAAUGAAAUAAUAACACGAACAAGGCGAAAAUAAAUAGUCGUUGGUUGCAACGGCCAUAUUUGCUAUUGUUGCUGAGCAAUUGUCGCGCGUGCGUGUCCUCGAGUGCCGGUGUGUGCACCAGUGAAGUUGCUUAAUCGGUUUGAAAUUUUCUAUUGCUUUCUGGCAGAGAGUCGCGCUAUAUGUGUUUAUUUUCGCCAGUGUGAAAAUCCUCCACAGUUCGGGAGUUGGUAAUAACAGUGCACAGCAAAAAAAAAACGGAGUUCGACACGUGGCCACACCAAAGGCAUAAGCCCACUCGGUAGGCAGCGUGGACCAACGACAGACUAUGACCGUUGAGUUGAGCCUUGAAGCAGUCGUAAUGGGAGACGAUGAGGAAGCUGCUGAUGAGCAGCAAUCAUUACCACAGGAACAGCAAACGAACUCCUCAUCCGGUAGUGGCAGCAGUAGCACCACAUCAAACGGCAGUGAAGCAGCACCCGAGACAGACAUGAUAAACUCUCGGCCGCCAUCGAAUCAGAUCGACUCGGAAGAAGAUCCGCCAGUGGCACAGCCUCCUCCAACCCACGAAGAUUCUACAUUAUCACCGAAGGUGGCACCAAACAGUAGUCGGGCAUCAUCAAUAGCUUCCCCUCCCUCGGCACCAGCCACUUCGACAAUGUUCGACCCGGAGCCUGGCGCCGAUUUGUCCCCACCGGAAAAGGUGGAAAUCAAAAUCGAACCCGAUCUAUUGGCUGAGAACCAACAUCACUCACCCGAAGCAGUUAAAGACGAUGAGAAUAAAUCUCCAGAGCUGACCUCCGCUCAGCUACCCAUGCUUAGACUGAACAUAGCGUUGGCCUCAGACCCAGCAACCAAUCCCGAUGCGAAAGAUCUUAAAAAUAUCACCGCUGCAAACGACAGUCAGUUUGAAAAAUCAAUCGAAUCGGAUUUUUCCGGCGCCGCUCCUCAACCUGCAGCAGUCAUUCGAAAAACUGCGAAAACCGAGAGCGUCACUAUUCCCAUCACCGUUGAUCUACCCCCUCGGAUACCAAUGUUCAUGUGUGGACCGUGUGGAAUUCGCUUCUCUUCUGCUUCAACGUUGGAAGCUCAUCAAACCUACUACUGCUCCCAUCGCAAGGAUGCCGAUGAGACCGCGGGGGGUGUCAAAAAUGCCAACUCCAACGAUCCGAACGGUUCUGAGCCGCCGGCUAAGGCUGCCAAAACCGGUAAACAGUACGCCUGCACGCAAUGUUCGUACAGCGCGGACAAGAAGGUCUCUCUAAAUCGGCACAUGCGAAUGCAUCAAUCGUCCCCCGCACCUAGUUCGAAUGCCUCAAAUGGUGACGAAAGUACCGCUAGUCAGCAGCUGCAGCUGCAGUUUCAGGCGCAAGCAGCGGCCGCAGCAGCAGCUGCUGCCGCUGUACUCCAGCAGCAGCAACAGGUUCAGCAGCAGCAGCAACCACCUCAGGUCGACCGCUACUGCUCUGAUUGUGAUAUUCGAUUCUCCAGUACCAAGACUUACCGGGCGCACAAGCAACACUAUUGCAGCUCCCGGCACCGAGAAGGUCAAUCCAAUAAUAGCACACCAAAGCCUCCACAAAAAUCGGGCUCCCAAAGUCCCCCGGAUGCAUCCAAGACUCCGCCAGUAGCCCCACAGCAACCAUUCCUGGCAUUACCAACAAAUCCGAUAAUAGUGAUUCCCUACUCGCUAAUACGCGGCGCUAGUGUCAUUCCUGGAUUGCCAUCCUCUCUCGCACCGAGCAUUCCAAACCCAGAAUCGGCUUGCUUCUUUUUCCAAAACGGCACACUUCAACCGAUAGCCGUUUCUCUAGCUUCGGCCACAGCGGCAGCGGCUGCUGCUGCUGCAUCGGCUGCAGCAGCCGCCGCUAGUGCUGCCGUUUCGCAACAACAGCAGCAGCAGCUACAAAGCGGUUCACUUGGACAACAUUCCACUCCGACGCAACCGAACAAUUCUGCCCCACACUCGCGCGGUCAGACUCCCAACGUCGGUAGCGAGGGUAGCUCCAGCAGCAACAGCACCGGCGAAGUGCUCAAAGCAGUGAACAAAAGAGAAAACAUCAAAGAAUCUUCAACCCCGUUAGACCUUUCCGUUCGGCGACUGUCUCCCGGAGCAGGCCUCCGCGAGCGUUCGCUGUCAUUUUCUUCCGCCAUAUCAGUUGAUCAGCUUCGGAUGGACUUCGACAGCCUGAUGGAAGGCAAAGAGAAUCUCUCAGUUAGUGGCGAUUCCAUCACACCCGAGCAGAUCGUUUGUGCUCCAUCGCUACCGGGCAGCCCACCUCUAACGCCUUCACCCAAACGUCGUUCCAAUAGUCCUCGUGGGGGUGGCGGGUCUGUUGGGAACAUCGUCAGUUCACGGGGCGAACGUGAUGGGUCAGUUUCAAUAUCGCCGCUUACGCUACAGCAACAGCAGCAGCAACUGCUUAUGCGACCACUACUCCCGGCGGACAUCGCUCUGCGUCUCUCGGCUGCUGAUCCAGCACUCAACCUGAACCUCAACAUUCUACCCAAUUCUCAACUGCUCACCAAGCAGGGCGUCGAGCUGGCCCUUCGGCUUUCAUCCACGGCCAACAGCAACAGCAUAGACCACGCUUCCAGUAAAAACAGUCACCCUCAACAGCAAAUGUCUCCUCUGCUGAACAGUAUCUCACCGACCACGAACAACGUACAGGUUCCAGUUCUAUCGAGCACUCCCCAGAUCUUCGUCAAACAGGGUGACUCCAAAUGCAAAGAGUGCAAUAUCGUUUUUUGCAAGUACGAAAACUACUUGGCUCACAAGAAACACUACUGCUCCGCUCGGAACCUAGACGGCGACGGAGACAAUCUCAAGGUCAGUCCACCAAUAUCUCCACAAGCAGCAAGUCCUUCGAACUCAGCGGGAAACGUAACCGGCGGUGGCGCUCAGCGGGCUUCCGGGGGUGGCCAACCCAUGGCUUACCAGCAACUGAUUUGUGCAGCGUGCGGCAUCAAGUUCACCUCGCUGGACAAUCUCAGUGCCCAUCAGAUGUACUACUGCCCGAAGCGGGUCGACGUUCAAGUUCCGGCUAAUGUCACACCGCAGAAGGAGCGCUGCUCCAAGUGCAAGAGCUUGCACGAACCAGGGCAACCUUGCACCGUUGCUGGCCAGGGAGCAUACAAAUGUCCCAUCUGUGAGGCGAUCAGUCCUAACUCGACGGAAGCUCGUCGCCACAUGGAUACCCAUGGAGGUGUGAAGGCUUUCCGGUGCACUAUUUGUCGGUACAAGGGAAACACACUACGUGGUAUGCGCACCCACAUUCGGAUGCACUUCGACAAGAAGUCCAAUGAUUUCAACGAGGAGAACUACAUCACCUGCAUCCUAGAGGAGGAUGGCAUCGAGAUACCGCCGGCUGCUGCCGUUGCUUCGGCAGCCGCAGCCGCAGCGGCCGCUGCAGCACAGCUGAUGAACCAAGCAGCUGCCGCAGCUCAAGUCGCUAGUCAGCAAACGCCAUCGUUGCCGCCACCGUUGUUGAUUGGUGCUGGCGAAAAACUAAAUCCAACUGGUCAGAUGCAAUUUUGCGAACUGUGUCCCUACUAUUCCAGCUACAAGAUCAAUGUGGCUCAACAUAUCAAACUGGUGCACGGUCGUGAACGGCCACCAAAUAAUUCUCCUUUGAUCGGUGAAGGAGGCGAGUCUCUAAUCUUCAACGGUGACAGUGGGAGCUCCACACCACGACCACCAGUAUCCAGUACCCCUGGACCCACCGGCAAUAGUUUUUCCUCUGUUAAAAACAGCGGCAUCAAAUCUGAACCGGAAGAUGAUCGUACGGAGGACCCCGAUGUUGACGUAGAUGUUGUCAUGGAAGAACCCGAAGUGAUCAUAAAAACCGAAGCGACGGAUUCGCAUGCCGGCCUACCGAUGGGUUCCCCUGCUGCACCACCGUCACUAGUACCAAGCCAAUCUCACUCAUUGAAGCUAAAAUCUCUACCGACGGCGAUCGCUGCUAAUAGCUUGAAAAGCUCCCCGAAUCAUACAUCACUAGCUAAAACUCCCUCACCGCCCUCCUUUUUGGGUGAUAUCAACCACAGCGGGCCAAACUAUUGCGCCCCUUGCGAUAUUACUUUCAACUACGUUAAUACAUACAUCGCCCACAAGAAGUUCUACUGUAAAAACAGUCAACAGGAAGGCGGCGGGACCCCGGCGGCCGUCGGUGCUCCCGCUAGCAUCCGUGCGGCCACCAGUGGUUCGCCAAACAACGUCGUAUCUGUAACCAGGGCGACGGAAACAUCUGUCUGAACUGUGUGAUGCUCGUUUCCAAUGCAAGUAAUCAACACAUGUAAAGCACACGAUGCUCACGAAAAAAAAAUCGGGAAGAGGCAAUUGUAUACGGAGGAACAAAAACCAGAAAUAAUGAAUUUAUGCAACCUGCUGCAAAAUGUAUACGUUUUUAUCGAGGAAAAAAUGCAGAGUUGCAAACCGAAACUAAACAUACGCAUUUGGUAUAUGUUAAAAAAGGACGUUUCUGUGUUAACUGUAAUGAAACAAAAAAUGACCACCGGUGUCACGGUCGGAUUCGUAACAUUCUAACAGUUUGUCUUACUAAGCUUAAGCGUAAUGAUUGUUACGAUAAACUAAACCCCCUAGUAGCUAAAAUGCUGUGUAUAAUAAUACAAUAUCAGAGAAGUGAACGCUGCAAAAGUUAUGUUAAUCGUUGUUCGCCAAUCUAGGUUCUAGUUUUAGUUCUCAGUUCAAACCUGUUUUUUAAUUAAUUGUAAUGUUUUACCAAAGUUAGCGAGUUGUUUUCAAAUUUACCGUUUUAAUUUGCAGUCCAACAAUACGUAUAAACUUCCAAUUAGAAUCAAGACUUAAUCUAUGUUUGCAUUUAGUAGAAGCUAGCAUUAAGUAAGCCGGCGAUAUGUAUAUGUGAAACCCUAGGUAAAGAUUCUAGAGGACAGCCUGUCGUCGCGUCAUCGUCGUCGUCGUACGUAAGUCAUAAGCUCGAAUUUACAUAUUAAAGUGAAGUAAGCUUCUAGCAGUAACACAAGCCAGAAUUCAACACACUUGCUAUUAAAACACUAUUUUACCAAGAAAACAACAGAUUUCCCAUUCAACUGCUCUAAAACCGCUGUAAAAAAAACAAGCCUAGCGCGAACUUAAAAUUGCCAUAUAAAGCAUUACCAUAUAAAACAGUGUCUACACUACACCAACUCGAUCAAGCACCGAUUUUCAAAGUAGUUAACCAACCAAUUGCAAAAACAAACUAUAUUCCCACUCUAGGCCGGUGUAAAUUGGAUGUGCAAAAAAAUUAAAGGAACCACUAACCAAAAACGGUGUUAAAAUGAAACAAAAACUAUACAAGAUCGUAUAGGAAGCGAAAGAAAAAAUCAAAUGACAAUAAAUUAUUAUUUAUCAUCAAGCUAACAGUGUUCGAGACCCCGGUUAGCAGAGCAGGCAGAAAGGCAAACAUCGUGUAGCUUGCGUUGCGAGUAGGUUGAGCUGAAAUCUUGAACGCGCAACCACAUAAUUGGGAAUCAAUCAGAGAAGCGAGAAAGAGAGUUGUUCGAAAAUUAAAAAUAUAAAAAUGUAAUUGAUGCAAAGUGAAAUGAUGCUGGUGGUGA